AAUGACAUUGACAUUUUAAUGAAAUUGUAUUGUUGUGACGGGUCUUAUAAAUUGCUUUAAAUUUAUUUAUUUAUUUCUGAUUAAGCUUAGAGUAAAAAUUAUUUGAACAACAAUGACUCUAUACGAGGGUAUUGCUUUAAUUCAGGAGAAGCAAGCUGUAGUGCUUGAUUUGGGCACAGACUAUACUAAGUUUGGUUUUACUGGAGAAGCCGCACCUAGAUGCAUCAUUCGUUCGGAGUUCUGGUGUCCAGCAGAGCGACGGGACAAACGUGUAUACGACUACCACACAGCCGAGGAACUAUAUGAUAAUCUUGUGCACAUGUUACACUUGUUAUACUACAGACAUGUCUUAGUUAAUCCUAAAGAACGUAAAGUGGUUGUGGUUGAGUCCCUUCUGACUCCUACAUUAUUUAGAGAAACAUUAGCUAAAGUCCUCUUCACACAUUAUGAGGUUUCUGGUGUAGUGUGGGCAGAUAGUCCUCGUCUUUGCGCUAUUACCUUGGGUAUUCCAAUUGCUCUUGUAGUCUCUAUUGGAGCCAGGGAGGCAGAAGUUUGUGCAGUGGUUCAUGCAUCAGUAGUGUUACGAGCUAUUCAAUCGCAACCAUUAGCGGCUCGAGCAAUACACGAUGAGCUCUCGCGGCUGUUAGAUGAAGACAAUAAUUCAAUAUUACAUUUGCCGGAUCACAUUAUUGAAGAUAUUAAAGUGAAGGCAUGCUUCGUCGGUCCUCGAAGCCGAGCCGUUGAAUGGUUAGAGGGCAACGGUCCCACCCCGGCUAAGAGCGUCCAGUACCCGGUGGCGGGACGCGCCGCCAUCACCGUGUCCGGGCGGACGAGGGAACUGGCCGCCGAACCAUUGUUCGCUAGAGACAACGACAUGGCCUCGUUGCCUGAUAUAGUUCUACAAUGUAUCAUUCAGUGCCCUAUAGACGCUCGUCGAGCUUUGGCCGAGAAUAUAUUGGUGACAGGAGGUACGGCUUCAAUGCCUGGACUGAAGGCGAGACUUGCACAUGAAUUACGACAUCUUGUCACUCAGCCACCUUAUAGGGGCGUAUCUAAAGCCUUAACGGGCUUAAGCCCCGUGGCCAUAAAAACAAUAUAUAAUAGGGCUCCCGAUUACUAUAAGUCGGGGCCCCACAAAUUCACGAUCCUCCCCUGUCCGUAUGGAUACAAUAAUCAUAUGAGUAUGUUCCGUAGCGACCGGCUCCACGUGCGCGAGUUCAAGUUCCACAAGUCGUCGUGUCACGACAACGCGUGCGCGUGGACCGGCGGCGCGCUGGUGGCGGGCGCGGACGGCGGCGCGCGCGCGCUCGCGCGGGACGUGUUCACGCGCGAGCGGCGCCUGCGCGACUGGCCCUGCCUGCUCGACAACACGCCGCCAGACCACCCGCACCGGCUCUACAGGGACGAGUUAUCUAUCAGCGCAUUUGCAGUGCAGCAUAACAUGAGCACUCGUCUCUUCUUCCUCCAGGCAUGCCCUGCACAACGGAUUAUCAGAGACGCCAGAUAUUUAUUAAAAUGGCAUACGAGUAGACCACGACUUCCCAAUGGAUGGUCCUUGUGGACGAGUAGACCACUGGAUACACAAAGACUAGUAGACCACGACUUCUCAUAUGGUUACGCGAGGAAGAGUAGACCACAGCAUCUCAUCUAG